AUGGCGAUGAACAGGAUGAGGAACGCCUUCGCGCCCCCUAAGAAGGGCGAAACAUUUGAGCUGAGGGCCGGACUUGUAUCACAGUAUGCCUAUGAACGCAAAGAAGCGAUUCAGAAAACGAUCAUGGCAAUGACAUUAGGCAAAGAUGUGUCGGCCCUAUUUCCAGACGUCCUCAAGAACAUUGCGACCGCAGACCUUGACCAGAAGAAGCUGGUGUAUCUAUACCUCAUGAAUUACGCAAAAUCACAUCCCGAUCUCUGUAUCCUCGCCGUCAACACGUUCGUACAAGAUUCCGAAGACCCAAAUCCGCUCAUCCGUGCCUUGGCAAUACGAACAAUGGGUUGCAUAAGAGUGGACAAGAUGAUUGACUAUAUGGAAGAACCUCUGAGGAAGACUCUGAGCGACGAAUCACCGUACGUGCGGAAGACUGCUGCGAUAUGUGUUGCAAAGCUAUUCGACCUCAACCCUGCCAUGUGUCUCGAAAAUGGCUUCCUCGAACGAUUGCAGGAGAUGAUUGGGGAUCCAAAUCCGAUGGUGGUCGCCAACUCCGUACAAGCACUGGCUGAGAUCAAAGAAUCCGCGCCCGAAACCAAUGCCCUGCAGAUUACGCCAAAUACCCUGAAGAAGCUGUUGAUGGCACUCAACGAAUGCACUGAAUGGGGAAGAGUGACGAUCCUCAGUACACUUGCGGACUAUAAGGCCCACGACCUAAAAGAAGCCGAACACAUCUGUGAAAGAGUAGCUCCUCAAUUUCAGCACGUUAACUCCAGCGUUGUCUUAUCCGCGGUCAAGGCGGUCUUUCUGCAUAUGCAACAUCUUCCUGUGGAAACUCAGAAGUCGUACCUGAAGAAAACGGCUCCUCCCCUCGUCACACUGGUUGCUUCGGCUCCUGAAGUGCAAUACGUGGCACUGCGCAAUAUCGACCUUUUACUCCAAAAACAGCCAGACAUUCUCAGCAAAGAAAUCAGAGUCUUCUUCUGCAAAUACAAUGAUCCUCCGUACCUCAAAUUCCAGAAACUUGAUAUCAUGGUGCGCAUUGCAAACGAGGGGAAUGUGGACCAGUUGCUAGCUGAAUUGAAAGAAUACGCCUUGGAAGUGGACAUGGACUUUGUGCGCAGAGCAGUCAAAGCGAUCGGCCAGGUCGCUAUCAAGAUCGAGAGUGCCAGUGAGAGAUGCGUGAACACGCUCUUGGACCUGAUCAACACCAAGGUCAACUAUGUCGUGCAAGAAGUCAUCGUUGUCAUCAAAGAUAUCUUCAGAAAGUAUCCUGGAUAUGAAGGCAUCAUCCCCACACUGUGCAAGUGCAUAGACGAAUUGGACGAACCCAACGCGAGAGGCUCAUUGAUAUGGAUCGUGGGCGAGUAUGCUGAAAAGAUCAGCAAUGCUGGUGAUAUUCUGGGUGGUUUUGUGGAUGGCUUUGCUGAAGAGUUCACACAGACCCAGCUCCAAAUCUUAACAGCAGUCGUCAAGCUGUUCUUGAAACGGCCGCAGGCUGCCCAAGGUCUUGUGCAGAAGGUCCUCCAUGCUGCAACUGCGGAGUCCGACAAUCCAGACAUUCGCGAUCGAGCAUACGUCUACUGGCGACUUCUCUCGAACACAACCGAUCAAAACGCCCCGAAAAACAUUGUUCUCUCUGAAAAGUCCCCAAUCACAACAACCAUCCAAUCGUUACCGCCAGCAUUGCUUGACAGACUGCUCGCAGAGCUCUCGACGCUCGCCUCGGUGUAUCACAAACCGCCAGAACAGUUUGUCGGCCAAGGCCGCUUCGGAGCCGAUGCUGUCCAACAGGCAGCCAUCGAUGAACAAGUGCAAAAUUCAAGAGAAAAUCCUCUGGCAGCGGCAGCCGCUGCAGCUGCCGUGGAGGGCACGCUUCCAGAGGCACAGAAUAACGUGGAAAAUCUGCUGGAUAUAGACUUUGAUGGGUCUGCUCCUGCAUCGGUAUCCGAGAAGCCGACGAAUGGUCUUUCCGGACUCGAAGGCCUUGCUGGGACGCCGCAGCGAGUUGAUUCACCAGCCGUUGGCCAAGCGCCUGCCAACAAUAUGGAUGAUCUGCUCGGGGUUUUCGGCAACGGAGGAUCCUCCACCAUGCCUAAUACUGCCGGUUUUGCCGCCAUGUCAGACAGUGAUAUCAUGAACGGCUUUGCGUCCAUGGAUCUGUCAAACUCUCAACCCCCGCCCCCAGGCGAGCAACUCCAAAAGGCGGGCGGAAAGAAGACGAAUGAGGACUUGCUGUCACUAUUCUAGUCGGUCCGAAAAGAAAGCUGCCAGUACGGCUGUGAAUCGCCGUCAUAUGUAUGGACAUGCGCAGACGUUCGACGUAAGAAGCCAUCGCACAUUUAUAUUGCACCGAAUGGCCAAAAGACAUCCGUCUUCAUCAAGAACAUGAGCAGCAUUCCGGACAAAGCCUCGCUCGCUGUCUGCGCCGCAGAUGCAGGACAUUCAUAUCAAGAGUCGACCCUCCGUCAUGUCUGCAAGUCGCUCGCGCGGCUUGCCAAAUUGUGGAAUACUAGCCGUAUCCACUCGUCGGCUCAGAUGAAGAUACAGCGUUCUGUUUGGAUAUUGUGAUUAAUCCAUGUGCGCACCCAGCCCGCUGGUCCUGGGUAUACAUUCAAUGUGCAUAUGGUAGAAGACGAUGUAAACUACUGUUCAUGUGUGUGUCUACCCCUGUUG